AUGUCAGCCACAGGUGGCGACGCGCCUUCGCUCCUUGCGUGCGCUGCGUGGCUGCACGACGCAUGCAGAGCAUGGACGGAUGAAAACCGCGUUGUGGACGUGGGCAGCGCACAGGCCGAACUGGCGCAGCGCCUGACUGCCGUCAAGGAAAACGCUGAGCGACACGACUGUCUCCCUGUGAAGGAAGCACUGCAGCUUCAACUCUGCGGACAGGACUGCUGGAAUGCCACCUUUCUGCUAUCGUGGCCUGUAGAGCGUCUCGUGCUCAAGAGGGCGGCCCGGCACCUCGCCGCUUACCUGUUCCUCACCAGUCACCGCCUUUUCGCUCCGCCGGAGGUGUUCGAGGCGCACGUCUCGCACCACCGCGACGACGCUGAGAAAUGUAUUUUGAUGUGCCUGAAGGUGAGCAAAGCGCUGGCGAACCACGGCAACGCUUUCGACGAGGCCCACAUGAUGCUGACGUGGGCGUCUGCCAUCGUUGCGGCGUGCCGGGACGCGUCGAAGGUAAAGGUGGGUCAGUACGCCAUGGAGGUCCACUUCGCCCAGCUUCACGUCUUGUGGAGGUCAGGCCGGUUUUCGCAGGCUUGCGCCAUGGCGGAAAAACUGGCAGAGGAAACACAGAACAGCAGUACGUACCGGGAGGCUCUUUUUGAGUUUAUUUAUGAGGCAGCCUUCGCUGUGACGUGCAGCGCUGACGCGGCAGAAGAACCGUCGGCCGACGAAAAGGAGCUGGGUGCGUCUGCGGAGUGCCACAACACCACCCAGGCGCUGCUCUCCUUAUCUUUACGACUGCAGAAGCAGGACGACGUGCGCACCGUGAAGCAGCAGAGUUUCUUGGGUACGACGGAGCUUCAACUGGCCUGCUUGCUCCUCAAGACGGGUGCGUACGGGGAGGCGGUGGAAGCUGCUGCUGCGGCAUACGAACACCUUCACACCUUCGAGCCGCUCGUGGUGCGCCUCAAGGCUGAGUCACUGCGGCACAACACGGAGAGUGCGGCCGAGCUGUUUGCGGCGCUGUGCAGGCGCGACAACACCGUUGCCUUCGCAGAACUCUGUGCCAUCGCUAUGGGCCUGGUGGAGUCGAACCCAACCAUGGAAGAAGAAGUCGCCACGUCUCUGCAGCGUCGUGUCGCGUCGUCUCCCGCGUCCGCCGACGAGGAGGAUCGCUUUCGCCUCUUGUGCUUUCUUCUUCACGUCCACUCGGAGUGGAGCGUAGGGGAGUUGGUCCGUCUCCUGAGUAUCACCGCGAAACCGCAGGACCAGGUCUUUCACCGUUUCUUCUUCUGCUGCCUCUGGCAGCUCGCCCUGUGCGAUGAGGAGGCGGCGGUCCAGGGCACCACCGCAGCUCGCGCGACGCAUCCGUGCAGGCGGGGGCGCUUGUCUGGUGCGUUGAAAUGGGAGUGCCUAAAGGUCGCCGUGACGGACUUCUCGGCGCUUGGCAGCUCAGAUGCGGAAAGGCAGUCGAUGUUGUUGGACAUGUCGAGACUGGCCGUGGAGCUGCAGCCGGACCCACCCUCCGACCCCGCCACGGACGACGAAGACCCCAUUACGGCGCUGCAGCACACGUGGGAAUUGUGGAGGCGGGAGACGACGGUGCAUCCCGCUCUGCACUCUCCUGUGAUGCUGGCGCAGGCCCAGCUGGCCUUCGUCCUUGGGAAGUGUGACGAGGGUCUGCAGUUUGUGCACGCUCUUUGGAGCAGCAGCGAAGAGGACGAUACAAAGGUGCAGAGCUGCGCUGCGCUGAUCAACUUCCUGCUCGUCCGUUCUAUGUUUGAUGUCGCAGGCUCCGUUGCGCAGCGCUGCCUUCCUCGUCUUGCUGCGGACCCUGCGCAGUGCAGGUUGGACUUUGCCAAGGUGUGCGCUCUCGGAUCUCUGGCGAGUGGUGAGGACGCCCUUGUCAGCGCCGUGGGUGAUCUCUUUGUGGCGCAUGUGUGCCCUUUGCUGACCGGCGAGGAGGUCCCGCUUUCACCGACUUUGCUGUCAUGGUGGAGUUGCUUUCUGUGGUACAUCAGCGAUCGUCUCCUGGAGGGCAGCCCAAUCCAGGCGGUGCGUCUCUCCUACACUGGUGUGUGCCUCUCACAGAAAUUGUGCAUGGACCGUUCUGGCGAUGCCGCGUGCGGGCUGGCGCUGCUGCCCCGCCGCUUGAGCGCGCUGCUCGAGGCGGAGUUUGAUCUCUACGUCGCCGAACAGCCGUGUCUGACGGUGCCGGAGCUGCGGCAGUCGCACACCCUUCUCACAAGACUGUCGGAGGAAGCGGUGGAGUCCGACAGCACGGGGGACAACGGCAGCUCACCAGAAAGUCGAGCGAGGGUGACGCUGUCUCUCGCCACCGUUGAGAUGGCGCUGCGUCAGCUGGAGGAGGCGAAGGGUGCCGAGGAGCCACCCGCUGCAUCCAUGGAGCUCGACACGCUGCCCCACCUCCCUUCCAUUGAGGCGGGGGAUUUGGAGCAGGUGGCGACGGUCUGCCAUCGCGUCGCGGCGCGUACGCCGCACGUCUGCAUUGCACUCCGUGCGGCCGCCGUGACGCUGCAAAUCGCGGCCGCAGAGACGCACUGCCGUCGGUUGUCGGCGGCUGGGAACGAUGGCGACGCGGUUUACGCCGUGCUUUCGAUGCUGUACGACGCCUACGGCAUGGCGAGCAGCGCCGACGCCAGAGCGGAGGUCUUCACUGCCCUUAUUCAAAUGUUGGAUCCCGUCACACCAACGCCGCUUACCGAAAUGCUGAGCGGCGCCUUGAAGCACCGUUCCUGCGGCAACUCUCCCCUCGCUGGGCACGCCGCUCGCCUCGCGGAGACCGCCGUGGAGUUCUUCGCGGUGGAGGCGUGGAAUGAGUCGGUGCAGUGGAACGUGCUACAACGCAGAGACGAGGUGGCGAGGUGGCGAUCGUGGGCCCUGACGCUGGCAGACAUGCUGGACUCUACGAAUGCGUCCAAGAUAGCCAUCGCCGAUCUCGCUGUCCAGAUGCCUCUGCUUUGA